CCCUUCCGCUGGUCUUUGCCUUCAACCCUAACGUUCUGAUAGUAAAGAUUGAACUUUUUUUUUAAAUCAAUGGGAGAUUUCACCUUUAUUAACUGCUAGUUUCUGAGAACGAAAAGAGUUUUGUCUUUCUCUUCUGUUUAUCCCGAAAAAUUAUGUAUUGUAACUUGACAAGAAGCCAAGGGUUUCCAAUGGCGAUUAGGGUUUCCUUACAACAAACCAAACUUAAAAGUUGUUUCCAUCUCUCAAAGUCGUCGUCUUUUCACUUAAACCCCCCCAAAGGAAGCGCCUUUGCAGAUGUAUCGUCUGGGUUUAGCAGAGGUAAGAGUCAAAGGAGUCUUUUAGUUAGUUCUCGUCUUAAAGCUAUAGAGAUUGGAAUGUUAGGGAAGCUUGAAAGCGUUAGAGACUAUUCUAGUUUCGAUUCGCAGAGAUUUGGCAAACGAAGUGGUAGUAGUAGUGGUAGAGGGAGAUCUGGAUUAGUAUCAAAAGCUUUUAGAGAGAAGAGGAGUGAUGGAAAUGGCCGUGGAGAUUCAAUUUGGGUGAGGUCUGAUGAGAAGCCAGUGGAAGAGAGGAGAGCUAAUGGCUCGUCUUGGGAGAAGAAACGAGAUGGUAGAGGUAGAAACGAGUAUGUUUCUGCUGAUAGGAGAAGUAGAUUUGGUGGUGAUGCAAGAAGGCGAGAAUUUUUCCGUGGUAGAAGAGAUGAUAGAGAAGGAGAAAGCGAGAAAGCUAGUAGUGGAAAUUCUAUUUGGGUUGCUAAUGACAAACCUGACAAAGAGCAAGUGCCUACAGCUAACCGUUCAUCUUGGGAGAGACAAGAUGGUAGAACUAGAAACCAGAACUCUUUUGGUGAAGGAGAAGAUGAAACAGUGAGUUAUGCCCAUGAAGAAGGGGGAACAGAGCAGAUUGAAGAAGAACCAAACGAUGCUAGGUGGCCUGAGAUCAGGAAUAGGUUCAAUAGGUAUGAUGUUAGAAGAGAUGAAGGGCGUGGCAAUGCAGCAUAUCAAAACUGGAAUAGGCAAGAGAGCUGGGGAAGGAAAACGUGGCAAGAGGCGACCGAGUCAAGCGUGCCUAGGAUGGUUGGUGAAGUUGUUUACGGAGUGAGUCCAGUGUUGGCUGCACUCUCUGCUGGGAGACGAGAGUUAUACGCUCUCUAUGUUCAAGAAGGUUUGGAUUUGAGUAGUAACAACAAGAAGAAGAAAGACAAGAAAGGUUUUGAGAAAGUCUUGAAACUCUCUGAGAAGCUUGGGUUAGACAUCAAGGAAACUUCCAAGCAUGAUCUUAACAUGGUUUCUGAUAACAGACCUCAUCAAGGCUUGGUGCUAGAUGCUUCACCAUUGGAGCUGGUGAAAGUUAAAGAGCUAGAUAAGGUUUCAUCAGAGGAAGAGAAAUACUCUCUUUGGGUAGCUUUAGAUGAGGUCACUGAUCCGCAGAAUUUGGGGGCGAUCAUAAGGUCUGCUUACUUUUUUGGAGCCACUGGUGUUGUGGUGUGCGCUAAAAACUCAGCUCCGUUGAGUGCAGUUGUGAGUAAAGCAAGUGCUGGAUCGCUUGAAGUAAUGGAGCUUAGGUACUGCAAAAACAUGAUGCAGUUCUUGGAAGCUUCUGCUGAGAACGGUUGGCGUGUGGUUGGUGGUUCGGUUUCUCCAAAGGCUGUAGCUUUGAACGAGGUUUUACCUGGUAGGCCGACAAUUCUUGUCUUGGGGAAUGAAGGAACUGGUUUAAGGCCAUUAGUGGAGAGAUCAUGUACUGAUUUAGUUCGGAUUAGCGGUAAUAUGGCUAGCGAUGUUGCAGCUACUACAGAGUUUGAAGAUGGGGAAGUGGAAGGAUUGAGAUCUUUUCUAGCUGUGGAGAGCUUGAACGUGAGUGUUGCAGCUGGUUUGUUUCUUCAUCACUUGAUCGGAAACAAAGCAAAUGUUUGAUUCCGUGGUGUGAGUUCUUCUAAACAAUUUCAUUUUUGCAGCAAACUUGCCUCUGUUCUGUACUUGAUAUUACUUUCUGCUCUCAUUCUAUGGUUAUCUUACGAAAGAGUAGUUGUUAUUGAUUUAUUUUCCGAUCAUUUCAUGGUCUCUAGAAGCCACGUACCGAAGUUCUUAUAUUGCAUUUAGCAAAGUAGAGAGAUAGAAUUUGUGUCUAUAGUCUAUACAAAGAAAAUCUUCUUUGUAUAUUGUUUCGGUCUUAUUGAUUGCUGUUUUGGUCAUUUCC